ACGCGCACGUUCGCUAAUUUGUAUUUUUAUUCUCAUUGUCGAAUUUGUUCGCUGUGUGUUUCGAUUCAUAAAUUUUAGUAUUUUUGUUCAAUAAAUUUCUAAUUUCUACCAGAUUUAUCAAUGACUAUAAGAUAAACUUUCAGCUCGGAUGUUAUUCAAAGUAUAUCAAGCAAAGGAAGUCAGUUUCAGUAUUGUUUUGUUUUUGGAUUGAAGGAAUCGACCUUGAGUGAGAAUAACGUGCACUCUAAGCCAGAUAAUCGCCAACCAGGAUGUCCAAUUAUCAGUUGCAUGCAAAUGAAACUAGCAUAACGGUUCCUAGGGUGGUCACCUUGGAGAAUGUCAAUUACUACGAGAUAGUGGUGAAAUGCGGUCACGUCAUGUGGACCAUUAGUCGUAGAUAUCGGGAUUUUGACGAUCUGCACAAUAAACUUGUGCAGGAGAGGAGUGUGGCCAAGGACAAACUUCCUCCAAAAAAAGUUAUCGGAAACAAAUCGCCUUCCUUUCUUAAGAAACGACAGGAAGCGCUUGAGCAGUAUCUCAAGGAAAUGCUCAUUUUCCUGAAGGUGACAAUGCCGAAAGAAUUCGUAGAGUUCCUCGAGUUUCACCGGUAUGAUAUCAUCUUCAUAGUACAAUCUCUGGCGAACUCUUUCUUCCUUCGUGGGGAAACAUUUUUGGCCAAAUCUAAAAAGUAUGGAUUUUCGGUGUUAGAGCUGCAUGCCAUAAGCGAAAGGCUCAAAAUUCCAUGCCCACCCACAGAGGCGGCCGAUAGUAGUUUGGACUUUUCUCACAUAAUGGAUUUCUGUUCCCAACUGGAGACAGUUAUCGUGCUGCCAACAAAAAAUAGCCUACCGAUGAUUCUGUACGAUGACGACUCUGAAAAGUACAUUCCCCAUGCAAUCCACAAACCGGCCGGAAGCAGCAAUCUCAUACCUUCUCAGUUGAGGUACGAACUGAGCGUGUUCAAAAACUUGAAAAAUCUCAUCAUUUACGGAAUAUCGACUGAGAAUAUUGAAAACAUUGGAGGUCUCCGAGAAAGUUUGGUUCGGAUAGAAGUCUACAAAAGUGAAAUAAAACACAUUCGCCAGAUUGCACUUUGUGAUGAUAUUCAUAAGAACGACACCGAACAAUUUGAUCGCUCUAAGGUGUGGAAAACCCUAAGGCAUGCUGUUUUUAAAGACAACCAACUGGUUGAAAUCGACCAUGCGAUGCGUUUGUUUCCGAACCUUAAGGAUUUGGUGCUGGACAAAAACCACAUCGAAAGCAUAGCGAACCUGAGCCACCUGAACAAUCUACAAAUACUGAGCCUCCGGGCCAAUCGCAUAGCUGAGUGUGUCAACUGGCAUGUUCAGCUGGGCAAUCUGGUUAGUUUGAAUCUGUCCCAGAACCGCAUCCGUCGGCUGGAAGGACUCUCGAAGCUGUACUCACUCGUGAAUUUGGAUCUCAGCUGCAAUCUGAUCGAUGACGUCAAUGAAAUCGAUCACAUAGGAAAUUUACCGUUGCUGGAGAAUCUACGACUGUUGGGGAAUCCGGUGGCCGGAAGUGUCGAUUAUCGCGCUCGGGUGCUAUCGCGUUUUGGGGAGCGUCUACAGGAAAUUUAUUUAGAUAAUGAAAAGGGAAACCAAUCGGAGUAUGACACUGCCUUAGUUUUGUCGGCAUUACGGAUAUCCGCCCAAAACUCUCAGCGGAAACUUCACAAACUCCUGGAAACGACUGACGAUAAUUUGCCCAAUAAUACUGCUAGUAGCUCUGGUAGCAGAUAACAUUAGAAGAAAAGAGGAGGUCUCGAAUAUGUCUUUUCUAACUUUUAUUAAAUGUUUUAUUGUAUUAAUUUGUACAUUUUAAUUGUUUAUGUUACGUGCUAGCAUGUAUAAAAUUUAUAUUGUUUUUAGCGACGAGAUCCAUUAGUGCAAUUAAAUUGGCGCAACAGCGCAUUAAAAUAUUUUUAAAUUUAUCUACCUUUUGUCUAUUUUCCAUAAUGUAAUAUAAUACAGAUAAUAUCAGCGGAUUAUGAU